AUGUCUAUUUCUCUCCCUGAUGUCUCCCCUAUUUAUCUCUAUUUUGAUGUCUUCUCUCUCUCUCCCCAUCAAUCUAUGUAUAAUUUUCUGUCUUCUAUUUCUUCUCUCUCUCUCUGUCUCUGGAAUCAAUCUCUCUCUCUGUCUCUUUGUCUAACUUCUCUCUCUCUCUCUCUCUCUCUCUGUUUUCUGUUGAUUCUCUCUCUCUCUCUCUCUUUCUCUCUCUCUCUAUCUUGUUCUCUCUCUCUGUCUGGAGAAAAUUCUCUCUCUCUCUUUUGGAGUGACCUACUUCUCUCUCUCUCUCUGUCUGGAGUCUUAGUUUUUCUCUCUCUCUGUCUGGAGUCUCUACUUUUCUCUCUCUCUGUCUGGAGUUUUUACUUAAUCUCUGUAAAAAAUUUUCUCUCUCUCUCUGUCUGGAGUCUCUACCUCUCAUUCUGUCUGGAGUCUCUGAAAAGAUGGAGCUCUGUUGUCUCCCUGAAUUUUUUCUCUCUGGUGUCCCUCCCUGUCUUUUUCUUUAGUGUCUCCCUCUUCUUCAAACUACUUGUCUAUUUAUAUAGUGUCUCCCCUAUUUUCUCUGAUAUCUCUUUGCAUUUAUCUCUCUCUCUCUCUCUGGUGUCUCCCCUAUUUUUAACAUUCCCAUUUUUCCUUUCUAUAUUAGGUUCACUUUCUCUCACAUUUGCUCAAUAUUUUUAUGUAUCAUCCAAUCUUUCUAAACACUCUAUUGCAUCUCCUUCAAACACUUUAUCAAUAAAUCUAAACCCCAAAAUGAGUAUUUUAAUGCAGUUAUCUAUUUUUCUGAAAUCUUUAUUCUUUUCAUAA